AUGAACACUCUCAUGGACGUCCUUCGCCACAGGCCAGGAUGGGUGGAAGUGAAGGACGAAGGGGAGUGGGAUUUCUACUGGUGUGAUGUCAGCUGGCUCCGGGAGAACUUCGACCACACCUACAUGGACGAGCACGUGCGGAUCAGUCACUUCCGGAACCACUACGAGCUGACCCGCAAGAACUACAUGGUGAAGAACCUGAAGCGGUUCCGGAAACAGCUGGAGCGUGAGGCAGGAAAGCUGGAGGCAGCCAAGUGCGACUUCUUCCCCAAAACCUUUGAGAUGCCAUGCGAAUAUCACCUGUUUGUGGAAGAGUUUCGCAAAAACCCAGGAAUCACCUGGAUCAUGAAGCCUGAUACAAGAUGCUCUGAUGACCAGAAAGAUGAUAUUCCUGUGGAGAAUUACGUAGCUCAGCGUUACAUCGAAAAUCCCUACCUGAUAGGAGGUCGCAAGUUUGACCUGCGUGUCUAUGUGCUGGUGAUGUCGUAUAUCCCUCUGCGGGCCUGGCUCUACAGGGAUGGCUUUGCCCGAUUCUCCAACACCCGCUUUACGCUGAACAGCAUCGAUGACCAGUAUGUUCACCUCACCAACGUUGCUGUGCAAAAGACAUCUCCUGACUACCAUCCAAAGAAGGGCUGCAAGUGGAUGCUUCAGCGCUUCCGGCAGUACCUGGCGUCCAAGCAUGGGCCGGAGGCGAUAGAGACGCUCUUCAGUGACAUGGACAACAUCUUUGUCAAAAGCCUGCAGAGUGUGCAGAAGGUGAUCAUUAGUGACAAGCACUGCUUCGAGCUGUACGGUUACGACAUCCUCAUCGACCAGGACCUCAAGCCGUGGCUCCUGGAGGUUAAUGCCUCCCCAUCGCUGACAGCCAGCAGCCAGGAGGACUAUGAGCUCAAGACCUGCCUCCUGGAAGACACCCUGCAUAUUGUGGACAUGGAAGCGAGGCUGUGUCAACGACCGGAAAAAACAGCUGAGGCAGCUGUUCUGCUCUCUUCAAUUCCAGAAGAAAUCUUCCAGUUGAUCUCUGGCUGCUAG